GUUCACCACUCACUUAAUUUUUUUUUGGUGUAAUUAAUUAAUAAUAUUAAUAUAUCAAUUGGAAUUUUCCUUGUUACAAUAUCACACUUGGCAGGAGUUUAUUUGGCCUAACAAUCCUUAUUUUUAUUCAAGCAUAAUCAAUAGAGAAGUAAAAAUUAGCUAAGAAUGGCCACUUGCACCACCAAUGCACUUUCUAUCUCCUCCACCUCCGCCUUGAUGGACGCUAAGGCGGCGGCUCGACAACCGGCUUCCGCCUCGCCGCAAUGUGUUACGCUUCCAACUCUCCCACCUCCGCCUUUCCAAUCCCAAAGCCGUCUUAUUAAGAGUGCUGCUUACUGUCGAAAGAUAGCUAGAAAUGUGGUUACAUUAGCCACAACAGGAGAAGCUCCAGCAGCAGCACCAGUAGCAACACCCACAUCUCCUGAAACUUCCGAGGCUGACCCUUCUGAGCUUUUCAAAUCUCUCCAAGAAGCUUGGGACAAAGUUGAAGACAAAUAUGCAGUGAGUUCACUAGCUGUAGCUGGAUUUGUUGGUCUUUGGGGUUCUGCUGGUUUAAUCUCUGCCAUUGACAGGCUUCCUUUGAUACCUGGUGUUUUUGAGAUAGUAGGCAUUGGCUACAGUGGGUGGUUUGCAUACAAUAAUUUACUCUCUGUGGAUAAAAGGGAAGCCUUAAUACAAAAAAUUAAGGACACAUACGAGGACAUAAUUGGGUGAUUAGCUAAAUUAAAGACAUCAAGAGGAAGUAAGGAGGAAAUUGAGGAUACCCAAAAGAGUUGAAUAGAGAUUCUGCAGUGCUUUUAGCAAUUUCCUACUUCUCUUUUGUAUUUAUUAUUAUUAUUAUUAUUAUUAUUAUUAUUAUUAUUAUUAUUAUUAUUAUAUAAAUCCCUCUAACAUUUAAGUAAAUUAAUAAUUCUUGUAAUUUACUCUAUAAAUCCUUCACUAUCUUGUAUCUAUGUUCUUUCCAAAUCCUCA